CUAUCUGCUGCCAAUAUGAACAUCCGCCAUGCUCGGCCCGAUGAUCUGAUGAACAUGCAACACUGCAACCUGCUGUGCCUGCCCGAGAACUACCAGAUGAAGUACUACUUCUACCACGGCCUCUCUUGGCCCCAGCUCUCCUACAUUGCUGAGGAUGAGGAUGGCAAGAUCGUGGGCUAUGUCCUGGCCAAGAUGGAGGAGGACCCCGAUGAUGUCCCUCAUGAACACAUCACCUCACUGGCUGUGAAACGUUCCCACCGGCGCCUCGGCCUGGCCCAGAAGCUGAUGGACCAGACCUCAGGGGCCAUGAUUGAGAACUUCAGCGCCAAGUAUGUAUCCCUGCAUGUGAUGAAGAGCAACAGGGCGGCCCUGCACCUUUAUUCCAACACCCUGAACUUCCAGGUUAGUGAGGUGGAGCCCAAGUACUAUGCAGAUGGAGAAGAUGCGUACGCCAUGAAACAAGAUCUCUCCCAGAUGGCGGAGGAGCUGAGACCGCAGCUGGUGCUGAAGAAGGGCAGAUUCGUGGUUCUGGGUUCCAAGGAGAAUCAGGGCAGCACACUUCCUGGUUCUGAAGAGGCCUGUCAGCAGAACCUGGCUGGAGAUGACAGUGGCAGUGACAGCAAAGACAGCGCUGAUGUUCAAGACAGCUUGCAAGACUUGGAUCCCACCUCCUAGAGCCCACUCAAGCAUUGUAGGUUCUUGCAUUUUAGCCACAGUUUUCUUAGAAACCCUGGCUCUGCUCUGCAGUAUCUACUCUGGAGUCACCCACAGUGACCCAAAUGGCUUCUCUUUGUCAGCGCUUAGCAGCAGCCUUCCACAUAGCCUAAUCAUGAAGGCACUCCAGGACACAGAAGCUGCUGUGCAGGAGCCAAGGAACUUUGAGGACUGCCAUAGCAGCACCAUCCUUGGCUUCUCCCAUGCUGCCGGCCGCUGUAUUCGGUCUGCAGUUGUCCUGUACUGAUUGUGUGUAUGCUGUAGGG